AUGAAAUAAUUAUCUAAAAUAUUCCAAUCGCGCGAAUUAAUCAUUCUUUAGAAUAUAAUUUCAAAUAUUCAGAAAUCAUAAUUAAUUCGAAACUUUUUUCGAUUGAACAUUAAAAUGAGUCAUUUUGAUUAAUUACCAUAAAUCUAAAGAUAAAAAGAGGAAUCACUUAAUAUUUAGAACUUUAUUUUAAAGAAUAGUCUUCGAGGAGGAGGUUGUGCUUGUUGUAAUUGCUAAAAAAUGGUCGUCAGAGGCAGAGUUAGUAAUUACUAAUAACUUCCUGAGAAUUAAUAACCAAGGACUUUGAAUGUUGAAGAAGUCAAAGUGAAGGUAAUAGAAGCUAUUCAUUAGAAUGACUAAUUACAAUAAUUUAUACCCUUAAUAAAAAAUUUCGAUAAUAAUUGUGUCAUUUUUACAUACUAAACAAUAUCGAUUUAUUUUGAAUUGAUGAGGAAAUAGGAAUUUCUAAAAAUAUAGAAAAAUCAACUCAUUCAAAUAAAUAGAUCUAUUUUAUCAAUAUCUUAGGAUCCUGAAUGGUUUAAAAUAAUGUUUAAAUUUUAUUUCGAGUUGUUAAAACAAGCAAAUGAAUACAGACCGGAAACUAAUAUUGAAAAAUAUAAGCUACUAAGUGAUUUCAGUAAAUAAGAAUAAUACGAUAAUAAUUAAUGGGAGGAAUUAAAAAAACAAAAGGGUAAGUUUAGCCCUUAUGAAACUUUUUAUUUCUAUCAAAUGUCGCUGAAUAAAUUAAUCUAACCUAACAGUUUUGGUAUCUCUUUGGACAAAUUUGUUAAUGAUUUUAUUAAAAAUUAAGAUUAAGAGAAAUAGAUAAAGAUCUAUCAAAUUUUUAUUGCAGCAUAACUUAAUUUGGUAUAUGUGUUGGGUUUAACAAAAAAAUAUAAUUAAUUAAAAAACUUUAUAAAAACAGUUUAUGAAGUAAAACAGAUAUUUACUUAAGAUGAUGAAUAUUUUUUGAAUUCGAUCAUAAAAUAAUAAGACAUAAGUUAUAAAGAAAUUUAGAUUUGGUUAUCAUAUCACUUUCUUAUUCUAGAACAUACUGAAAACGUUAAUAAGAGUAUUUAAGAUUAAAUUAAACAAUUUUUUGACAAUCACAAAGUUUAUUAAUCUCCUGACUCUGUACAGAAGUUGAAGUCAUUGAGAACAAGAUGGAAUUUAAAUAAUAAUUAAUAAUAAGUAAUUGAAUCUUUUGUAAAUAUACCUAAUGAUAGUUCAAUAUAGUAAUUUAAUUAUAAAGACUAAUUGGAUAUUGUUCGAAAAAAAAAAAAAGAAUUAAUUUUAGAAUAGAAGGUUGAUUAUAUAACUCCUUUAAUUAAUAUCAAAACAUCUUCAUCGAAUUUAAAGUAUAUUUUUGAUGAAGAGAUAAUAAAAAAUCUGUUCUCAACGAAUUAAGAGGAUAUAUAUUGGAUUUUUGGGAAAGUUAAGUCUGGUAAAACAACUCUAACAAUGACAAUAAUAGAUUAUUUAUGGAAAAAAACUGAUUGGAUCCCAAUUUAUUUCGAUUUAACUGAUAUUGAAUAGAGGAAUGGGAAUCUUUCUGAACUUUUAAAAAUAACUCUAAGAUUAGAACCAUUUCACUUGAUAGAGUAAUAAAUUUAAGACUUUUUAAAUGCAGAUUAAAAAUUAAUCAUCUUUUUAGAUUAUUAUGAUUAAUUGAGCUUUGGGUUUAGAAAAAAAAACAUAAUGAAAAUGCUUGGUUGUGAAGUUAAAAAGGAAAAUUAAAAAGUCGUUUUAAUUACUAGAGAAUAGGUGUAAGACCUGCCAGCUUAUCAACCCUUAAUUUAAAGAAUGAUUCAAAUUGAAUUAAAAGAAUUCAAUGAAAAAUAAAAGAAAGAAUAUAUUGAAAAAUGUAUUGGACAUCUGAUGGAUGAAAAUAUUGACAGAAAUUAGAUUAAUAUUAAUGUGUAGUAAAUGAUUAGCAUCGAUUUUAAUGAUGGCUAAAUGUUGAUCCACGAUGAACAUAUUAGGCAGUUUAAAUUGUAAUUAACUCAGGAGAAUUACUAAUCCAAAAAAAAUAUUUAAAAAAAGUUACUUAACAUGAUAUAAUUAAACUUUAUGAUGAAGAACAUAUUUGUACCUUGUUUUUCCUUUCAUUAUUAGUUCAAAUUGUUGCUUAAAUUAAUUACUUCGAAGAACUCUUAAAAUUCUCCUUAAAGAUUCUAAGAAUACAAUACAUCAAAGAAUUUAAUUGCUCAUUAUCAAGAACAACAGAAAAAAUAAUUUAAAUAGCUAUUAAAUAGUAUUAGUAGUUCCUCAUCUGACAUAAAUUCGCCUUCUUCCAAAAAUGAAGAACCAAUUGAGAUUGAUAAAAUUUUAGAUUCUAUAAUGACAAAAAGUAAUCAGAAAUAUAGAUUACAACAGGGGGAUAUGUUAAUAAAAUAGAUUUUGAAUCCUAAACUUACAAAAUUUGAAUAUAUUAAUUCUCUUAUUGAUUAAUAUAUCGAAGAUUAUUUAAUAGUAUGGGAACGUUUGUGUUUACCAUUAAACAUAAAUAUGGAAAAAGUAAGAGAGUUUUAAACCAAUCUGGCAUUACCAAACUAAUAAAAUGGAAGCAACGAAUCAGGCAAAUAAAAUAAAACAAUAAAAAUAAUAAAAAGAUGUUGUCUAUUAAAAUCAGAUGGAGAAAAAAAAAUAUUCUUAGACAAAGUAUUCAAAGAUUUUUUUAUUGCAAAUUUCGUAUUUAUUAAAAUUAGUGAAUUUCAAAAAGAUAAAUCAAAAGAGAAACUUGGCAAAUUUAAUAAUUUUAAUUUAUGUUAAAAUGAUUAUACUGAAACAGUAGCUUUACUUUCAGAUUAGCUCUUAACGAUAAAUAAAAUUAAGGAUGUUCUUAUUUAAUUAAUCAAAUUAUCCACAGAAGAAAGUUUCAUUAAAACAUCAUCCAAUAGUAUGUAUCUUUUAUCAAUACUGAAAUUAAAUUUAGAAGGAGAAGAUUUAAGUAAAAUUCACAUAUCUGAUAUAAAUAUAACAGGGUUGAGCUUUUAUUUAGCAAAUUUAUGUAAUUCACAUUGGAAAAAUGUUGAUAUAAGUUUUUGUAAUUUCAAUUCAACAGACUUAACAGGAGCAAAAUUGGAACAAAUAAUUGGAAUUAUAGAAACUUAAAAUAGCGGAUAAUUGUAGAUAAAGUAGAAGGAAAAUACUAAAAUUAUAGGAGUUUUAGAUCCUCGUUCUAUUUAGAAAAAUACAUAAUUAAUUGGAAGUUAAGAUUUAAAAAGUGUCUUUAACAACACUUAAUAUAUUAGCUUUUAAAGAGAAGAUUCACAACUUUAAGAUUCAUCUGAAAAAAAUCAUUCAAUAUAAAACUCAGAAAUUUAAAUUAUAAAUGAUAAGAAUGAAGUUAUAAAGAUAUUAAAACCUGAAUAACAUUGUAGUUCAUUUUGUUUUUUUGCAUAAAAAAAAAAUAAAUUAGUCUGCUCAUUAUCAAAAGAUGGGAUUAAAUAUAAGAUAAAUAUUUGGAACUAUGAUAAAAAUGAUAAUAAUCUUAAAGAAAUAGAAGAUGAAUUUGAUAUUAUUACUAAAAUGGCCACUAAAUAUAUAAAUGAUAAGAGUAAUAUUUUAGUAUUAUUACUUAAUUACACUAAAAUUAUGCUAUAUGAUCUGAGUUAAAAAUAAGACUAUUCAUACUUUCUAUGCAAUCCCAAAGAAUCCUAGGGUGAUAAUUUUACUGUGUCCAAUUGCCAUUAAUUAUUGGCAGUAAGCUCUGGAGAUGUAAUUAAAAUCUACGAUUGGUAAAUGAUUUAGGUUUUCGAAUUUUCAUCGAGAAAUGAUUGGAGGAGAUUAGUAAUAUGUAAAAACAAAUAAGGCACCGAUAUUUUUUAUUCAAAAAUUGAAAAUGCUCUAUAUUCUCCUGAUGGGUAAAAUAUCGUCAUAUAAUCCUAAAGCAAAACAGAAUUCUAUUAAAUCAAUACUGAUACAACUUUUAUUGAAUUAGAGAAGGUCAAAAGUUUGGUUUUCUCAAAUAACUACUUUGUCACAAGUUCUGAUUAAGGUAUUAAAAUAUAUAGUUUUCCAGAAUAUGAGUAUAUAGAUUGGCUACCAUUCAAAGCAUAAUUAUUAAUAUUCUCUUAUAAAUAAGAUUAGAAUUUGGCGAUAAUAAGUCAUUGCAAUUACAAUUUUAUUUACCGAUUGGAAAAUAUUGAAAAAAUACCUCAAAAAAUUGAUGUUUUCAAUUACAAAUUUGAUAAUUCUUCACUUAUAAUUGCUGUUUCGCCAAAUAAGAAAUAAAUGAUAAUAGCAUAAAAUGGAUUAAUCUUCUUUGUUAAAAAUAUGGUUUAUAAAGACAAAAUAAUGGAAUAUUAAGAUGAAAUGAUUCUAUCAAUGUGUUUUGCUUAAAAGGAAAAUCAUUUUGCUAUUAGAAGCAAAAAGAACAAAUUACAUAUCUUUAGAGUGAUAAAUUUUGAAACUUUAAAACCAAUAGCAGUAUGGGAAGAAGAAAAUUAAACUGAAGAUCAAGAGUUUUCCAAUUAAAUAUAAUGUUUACUGAUUUAAAGUAGAAGAUAUGUAAUUUCAAAUCAAAAUAAUCAACUAGUCCUUUAAGAUGUGACUGAAUGUUUUGAGAAUUAACAAUAGAAUUAGGAUUGUAAGAUAAAAAAAACUCCGAUUAUAUUAAAACCAAUUCACAAAGAAGACGGAAAUUCAAAAUAAUAGCUACAAUAAAAUAGCACUGUGAAUUUUGAUUAAUAAGCUUUGGAUAAACAGAUUGAAUCAAUGUUAUGUUUCAAUUUCUCAAUUUCUUAGGACUAAAAUUAUAUUGCUGCACGUUUUUCUCUAGAAAAUAAAAAAUUUUCUACUAUUAUUAUUAUUUGGAAAUAUAUUGAUAACUCAACAUGUAAAUAUGAAUAUGAGCAAAAAUUUUAUCAUAAUGAAAGGACAAAUUUAUAUUUUUUGGAGUAUGAAAAUCUAUUACUUUUGAUUUUCAAGGAAUAAAAAUAAACGUGUAUUCAGGUCUUUUCUAUUGAAAAUAAAAAUUAUAUAAAACACUGUGAAUAAAAAUCUGACUAAGAUAUCUAAUCUAUAGCAUUUUCUUCUGAUAAACAGCAAUUUUAUACUAUGCAUUCUCCUACGAGCUUUUCUCUUUAUUUCAUCACAAAAGAGUAACUAGAAUAGAAAUACUAUUUUGAAGAAACUGAAAUACCAAUUUAUUUUAGUUUAUAUGGAACUGAUGUAAUUUAUAUGUGCUAGCAAAGUAUUUUUAUUAGAAAUGUUGAUGAUAUUAUUGAUAGAAUCAAGCAUUUCUAUUCGAACAGUGUAAAAUUAAAUUAUGAUGAAAAAAUAGGUAUCUGCUUUUCGGAUAAUAUCACUUAUUUUAAUCACAAUGAAUAAAAGAUUUAUUAAUAUUCUAAAAAUCAACUUAAUAAAAUCUCUUUGGACCAAUAAGAAAUGUCUAUUAAUUGCUCACAAUUUUCUUAAGACGAGCAGAUUUUGAUAAUUAUUACAUCAAAUGAAGGAACUCAAUAAUAAUUAAGAAUUCUUUUUAAGAUUGAAAAUAACUAUAUUUAAUAAAACGAGAUACUUAAACCUGAUAACAUUAUUUAUUCCUGUAAGUUUGUAACAAAUAAUUCAUUUUUAGUUCUCUCAUAAAAUAUCCAGAUUUAUGAUAUAUCUGAUUGUAAAUUAAGUGUCCAAUAAUAAAUAAAUUUGCCAGGAUUAUACAUAAAAUCAAUAAAUUUUCAUCCAAAUAAAAAGGAUUUUCUUACAAUAAACGAGAGUGGUUAAAUCUAACUUUAUAAUUUGAUUUAGAGUGAAAAAUGUAAGUAUAAGUUAUAUAAAACACUCCCAGAAAAUUAGCUAGUUUAAGCUCAAGAUUGUGUUAUAUCUAAUUUAAAUGCUAGCAAGACCACCAUAUAACAAUUGAAAGAAUUAGGAGCAAUAGAUCCUGGGAAUACCAUCUAAUAGACGUCUUGA